AUGGCCGCACUGACUUUAUCCAGACCUGAUAAUUUACUCCACAAUUUUCUACAGGAUCGAACCCCAAGCUCAUCACCAGAAAGCGGCCCUGCUCCACUUUCCUUCCUGGCUACCACAUGUAGCCAAGCUUGGCAGGUGAGCGGCAGUGUGGGCACAGACAGCCCCCAGUUCCCCUAUGAAGGAGCGGUGGGUGCCACAUCCAGCAUGUUUCAGCUCUGGGGCAAUGAUAUGGCUUCAAACUCCAGCCUGAGUGCUCAUCACAUGGCUUUCACUGUGCCCAAGAUGCAGUUUCCUGGACAUGUCCAGACCGGCCUGGGCCCACACGCGCACCACCAUCAUCAUCACCAUCACCAUCACCACCACCACGAGCUGCCUCUCACCCCUCCUGCCGAACCUACUCCCACCUACUCGUUCGAGGUCUCACCCGUCAAGAUGCUGUCAUCUCAGACGCAAGGAAACGCUCAGUAUUACACACAGCACAAUGCCGUGGGUCAGAACUUUCCCAGCUUCCUGCAGAACAACUCGGCUCGCCACCACCUGCCUGGUGGGCACGUCGAGGAUAGCCAGCAGUGGUGGAGCCUUCCUCAGAGCAACACCAGCACCUCUAGUCAUCCAUUGUCUUUGGGUAGGCAGCUGGUUUUGGGUCACCAGCCCCAGAUUGCAACCCUCCUGCAAGGCACCUCAAAGAGUUUGUUGAGCUCCACGCGGAGGUGCCGCCGGUGUAAGUGCCCAAACUGCCAGACCGCUGGCAACGACAGCACCAGCUUAGAGUUUGGCAAGAAAAGACUGCAUAUUUGCCACAUCCCAGAGUGUGGAAAGGUGUAUAAGAAGACGUCACAUCUGAAAGCGCAUCUGCGCUGGCAUGCAGGUGAGAGGCCAUUUAUCUGCAACUGGCUUUUCUGUGGGAAGAGCUUCACACGUUCAGAUGAGCUGCAGAGGCACCUGCGUACACACACCGGUGAAAAACGAUUCGGGUGUUCGCAGUGUGGCAAGAGGUUCAUGCGUAGUGACCACCUCUCGAAGCACGUAAAGACCCACCAGAGCAGGAAGGGUCGAUCUGGACAGCCACAAAGCGAACAACAGCUGAGCAACAUAAAACGGGAGUAA